AUGGGAGACGACGCCGUUGACGAAGACAAGAUCAUCUUGUGUUGCGCCCUCUGCUGCGCUAACUGUGGGCUUUACAAUUCCUGCGAUUGCGCUGGUUGCUCCGGGAAAGUGGGCGUUCUCUGCUUGAACUGCGAAGUGUGCUUGAAAUUCGGUGCUCCUUGUCUCCCUUGCUGUUGCUGUGGACCUAAAUGCGAAUGCGAUGGAUGCUCGGUGCUCAACGUCCAAGUUCACGGACUGUGCGGUGUUGUUUCGGCUGCCAUUCCUUGCAACGAAGAAGUCCCUCUGGCUGUCAAUGUCUUGGGAUGCAAUCUCUACCCCAAGUGCGGAUGCUGUGUCACCAUUGGAGAAAUCAAGGCAGAGGGAAUGUGCCGUUAA